GCUCCACUCUCUAGAGUCUAGACCCCUAGCUUACAUUAAUCUCAGUUCUCACCAUGGAGCAGCAAAACCAAGUAAUCGAGGCGCCGCUCCUGCAACAACAACGAGAAGAUGGCACGUCCGUGCAAGGCGGCGGCGAGGCGGACAGCCACGGUCACCGCCGCGGGAGCAACAAGCUCACGUUCCUUCCGCUCGUUUUCCUCAUCUACUUCGAGGUCGCCGGCGGGGCGUACGGGGCGGAGCUCGCGGUGAAGGCGGCCGGCCCGCUCUUCACGCUCCUGGGCUUCCUCGUCUUCCCGUUCGCGUGGGGCGUCCCGGAGUCGCUGGUGACCGCGGAGCUCGCGGCCGCGCUCCCGGGCAACGGUGGCUUCGUCCUGUGGGCCGACCGCGCCUUCGGCCCGCUAGCCGGCUCGCUCCUCGGCACGUGGAAGUACUUGAGCUGCGUCGUCAACGUCGCGGCGUACCCGGCGCUCAUCGCCGACUACCUCGGCCAUGCCGUGCCCACCGGCGGCGCGGCGCGCACGGGCGCGGUGGCCGGCCUGACGGUGCUGCUGUCGCUGGUGAACUUCACCGGGCUGAGCGUCGUCGGGUGGGGCGCCGUGGCGCUGGGGCUCGUGUCCCUCGCGCCGUCCGUGCUUAUGACGGGGAUGGCGGUGCCCCAGGUGCGCCCGCGGCGGUGGACGGUGACGGUGGAGGGCGGGAGCAGGGACUGGCGGCUCUUCAUGAACACGGUAUUCUGGAACCUCAACUACUGGGACAGCGCCAGCACGAUGGCCGGCGAGGUGGAGCGGCCGGAGCGGACGUUCCCGCGGGCGUUGGCCGUGGCGGUGGUCCUGAUCGCCGCCAGCUACCUGCUGCCGCUCAUGGCCGCGACCGGCGCCACGGACGCGACGCCGGACGCCUGGACGAACGGCUACUUGGCCGAUGCUGCAGGCGUCAUCGGAGGCCCAUGGCUCAAGUUCUGGACCCAGGCCGGCGCGGUGCUGUCGUCCGUCGGCAUGUUCGAGGCCCAGCUGAGCAGCGGCGCGUUCCAGCUGCUGGGCAUGGCGGACCUGGGCCUCCUCCCGGCCGUCUUCGCGCGCCUCCGCACCCCGUGGGUCGCCGUCGCCGUCUCCUCCGCCGUGACCCUGGCCGUGUCCUUCCUGGCGUUCGACGAGGUCGUGGCCACCGCCAACUUCCUCUACAGCCUGGGCACGCUGCUGGAGUUCGCCGCCUUCCUCUGGCUCCGCGCCAGGCAGCCGGACCUGAAGCGGCCGUACCGCGUGCCGCUGUCGUCGCUGCCCGCGCUGGCCGCCAUGUGCGCCGUGCCGUCCGCGUUCCUGGCGUACGUGUGCGCCGUGGCCGGGUGGAGGGUGUUCGCGCUCGCCGGCGCGCUCACGGCGCUCGGCGUCGGCUUGCACGGCUCCAUGAGGCUGUGCAGGGCCAAGAGGUGGCUCAAGUUCGAAGGCCAGCAGCGAGGACAGGGGGGUCAUGCUGCUGCACCUGCACACACGGUUUGAGUCCUAAGUUUGAAGAUUGAACUAUCACGACGCAGGCAGACCAAUCGAUACGAAAAAAACAGGAUGUUGCGUCCUACAUUUCUGAUUCCAAACAUGUAAAAGUGUAAUUCAUCAUGUAAUACAUGCAUACGCUCAUCAGAACUGUCCCAGAUCACGUGCAGAUACAUAUUCGCUUCGUAGUUA